AUGGAGAAGGCGGAUCAGGGUCUGAUCAACACCUUCCUGAAAAACGCCUAUCAAAAGUAUGGAAGGAGAUACGCCUUUACAUUCAAUGUCUAUCCUUAUUUUGAUCCUGGUGUUCACCUGAACCCUGGCUCAACGGACCAGUGCAGCUUAGACCUGCCCCGGGUGAUCUGCUGGGAGGGGUCCACCUGCUUGGGGCCGAACAUCAUGGCCGCUGCGCGGCGGCAGAUCAGUCGGAUGACCGGGCGCCUGGAUGAUCUGUUUUGGAUCGGCGAGAUUGGCUGGUCUUCGCCUAAGGCAUCUGCUCUGGGAACGGCCAUGGCUGAAUGCGAGCAGUUUUCGUCGUUGGACACCUUCAAGACUUUUUACAACGGCUUCCUGCAGUGGAACCUCGAUGUGCCCGGCUCACUGCCAGGGCCAGACCAUGCCUUUUACUUCACUCUGCGGGACGCCCUAAACUUUGGGAAGCAGGAGCAUUUCGGCCUGAUCACCAGCUGCGAGUCGCUGGCGUGCAAGAUCGCGAAGCCCGACUUUCGCGGGGAGAUCUGCCCACUGGCCUCCCUUCAGCAGGGCCUCAGCUGGCAGGCUUGGGGCUUUGUGGGUUUGGGCGUGCUGCUCGCCGUGUGCACCGGCCUCACCUGCCUCUUUGUGCGCUCGCCCAAAGUGCAGAAGCACUUCGAUCGUCCUCAGCGGAUUGCCAAGCGGCGGCUUGUGCAGGCGGCUCAAGCUCCGAGUGAGCGCCUUUGGGUGGGGCCUAUGGGCACGCCGCACAGGCGUGAGAGGCUCGCUCGCUCUGCCGCCAUGGCGCGAGCAGCCAGAGGGCUUUUGGCGCUGCUGGUCUCACUUACGGAGGUGAUGGGCUCCGAGCGCAUCGUGAGCCUCACGGAGGCCACCUUUGCUGAGACCUUGCGGAAGAGUCAGAUGGCUUUGGUGGCCUUCGUCACUCCGUGGUGCAUGGCUUGCCGGCUUUUGAUGCCCGAGCUGGAGCGCUUAGAGGAGGCUCUGGCUGAGACUUCGGUGCUGGUGGCGCAGUGCGACGUUUCCCGUGAGGCGCGUCUCGCGCAGAUCUACAGCGCUUGGCGCACGCCUUUGGCACCUUGGUCUGGAGUGGGCAUUUGGCCAUAG